CAUCCCACACAUGCUCGACUAUGUGUACGUGCUUGUCGCAGUCGACUCGGCUUUGCAUUCAAUCGGCUCAGCAGUUGGCACUCGGCGCUCUGUUUUGACUAUUUACGUUUGUCAGUUCACCGCACGACGAAAGACCGAUCAGGCUUGCCCACCCAGCGCCUAAUCUUCAUCGGCCCUUCUUUUUUAAACAGUCCUCUCAUUUAAUACGCGUUCAAUAAUUGACGCAUGGGUGCAUAUAACGUUAAACAUUGUAUCGCGGUCUGCGAUAUUGUGCAACUGUGUGUGCGUGUGAGCCAUCAUAAUUCCGAGCGAUUGCAUAUUCGUAUAACAAAAACGAGUUUUUGUUUACAAUUGAUUAACGCACAGUGAAUCGACAGAUCGUACUUUAUUGCAGUGAUAUACCUGCUUUAUUACAACUGACUGACAGGUAUUUUUAAAAGAAAACUUGUGCACAAUGUGAGGAUUGAUUAUAUGGUAUUACAUGAUCACAGUUAUGCGACUAGUUCAUAUGACAUACAGUACAUCGAGUGCAAAUAAACAUUUUUAUAAAGGGUCUUUAGUUACGAUAGAGCCAAAGCGAUGCUCGUGGAAAGAGGAAAAUAAAUUUACUGAUCGAGUGUGAAAAUAUGAUGCAAGAAAAAGUGCAGCAUCAGUGAUACAUAGUAGCUUCGUCGGGACUUAAUAAGUGCAUUAAAGAAACGAGAUACAAAGAAGAAGAAGAAGAAGAAGAAAAAGAAGGGGAGAUCGACUGGAAAAGAGUACGAGCAAAUAAGUUCUCUAAAGCAAGAACGUCAGUGUUCGCAUCGCAGUGCGAGCGGGGGCGCACACGCUUAUGCUGAACGGACGGAUAAAACAGCAGCAAUAGUGAGUGACCCACAAGCACUGACAGAUAACGGAGUCGAUAUAGCCGGCUGCGCCUAGAUCAACCGACCGCUUCACCGACAACCAUGAGGUCCUGGAUGAGCAGAACCCUCGUCGCUGCCAGUAUUGGAUGCUCGCUUUUGCUCUUUGGCGCGGCGCUUUACUUGCUCAGAGAUUUUCUCUUCCAUUUUAUAAUUCGCACUCAAUUGCCGUUAUCGCCAACCGCCAGAAGUUAUGAAUUAUGGAAAGACACGAAAAACAUGCCAACUUACAUGGAUAUUUAUCUCUUUAACUGGACAAAUCCCGAGGAGAUAAUGGAUCAUACAAAAAAACCAAACUUAAAUCAACUAGGACCAUAUAGUUUUAGAGAAAGGAGAGAAAAAGUAAACGUAACUUUUCAUCCGGAAAACGGCACAGUGACGUACCAACAAAAGCGUACGUGGUGGUUCGACGAAGGCAGAAGUAAAGGCUCAUUAAAUGACAAAAUUUCACAAUUGAACGUUGUCGCAGUGUCAGCUGCGCACAAGGUACGAUACUGGCCAUUCGUAAUGCAACAAAGUUUUUCUUAUCUGCUUAAUCAGUUCUCAAAUGAGAUUAACGUUGUAAAAACCGCAGAUGAGCUGCUUUUCAAAGGUUUUGAAGAUAAGCUUAUAACACUCGGUCAAAUGAGUGGUAUGGAAGAAGGGGAAGCUCCACCGUUCGACAAAUUCGGCUGGUUUUACAUGCGAAAUGGAUCUACGGAUUUCGAUGGAUACAGUAACAUUGGAACUGGAAUGGGUGAUUUGUCAAGUUUGGGAGCUAUUAAGAACUGGAACUUCCAAGAUAAAACGGCAUUUUAUAAAAGUCCUUGUAAUGUGAUCGAAGGAAGUGGUGGAGAAUUUUGGCCCCCGUAUCGGAAAAAAGAAGAUAUUCGACUAUUUACUCCGGAUAUAUGCAGACCAGUGACCUACGAAUUCGAAGAUGAAGUAGAUCAUAAAGGAAUUCACGGCUAUAAAUUUUCCAUGGGUGAUAAAACUUUGAGCAAUGACACUAGACGACGUUACCCGCAUGAGGUAGCUAAAUAUAUUGAUCCAACUACGACAACAGAAGAUUUCUUCGUUUCCGAUCCAACGACAAAGAGAUCGAUAAAUGAAGAUGAGGAUCCCGAUGUUCAGAAUAUAGGUCAAUGCUUCUGUAAUGGGGACUGUUCCCCUAAAGGCGUAAUAAAUAUUACGGCUUGUCGAUACGGUGCACCAGGUUUCAUUAGUUUACCUCACUUUCACAAAGGCGACCCUGUGUUGAGAGAUUCUUUUGUUGGUCUAGCUCCAAAUGAUAAAGAUCACAGUUUUUAUCUCACCUUGGAACCGACCACAGGUAUUCCAAUAGAUGUGAAGGCUAGGCUACAGGUCAAUAUUUUACUACAACCAUCUAAAAUUGUCGAUUUAUUCAAAAAAGUACCAACUUUGUACUUUCCUAUGUUCUGGUUCAGUGUAGAAGCUGGAAUUCCCGAUGAUAUGGUUGGUGGUAUGAAACUGCUGCUGGAACUGCCAACUUUGUGUAUGUAUGCAGGUUUGAUUAUGAUGUUUUUAGGAUCUCUCAUCUUAUGUGGAGUAUCUGUAUCAUGUUUCGUGUAUAAUCGACGCCGUGUACCCCUUAAACAACUACAAAAAACGGAAAUGAUGUACAUGAAUAAAUCUGAUGCCGAUGAAGAUGGACAAAUAAGGAACGAUUGUAGAUUGUAUCCAAACCUGCGAGAAGUUGAAUAUUGAUAUGCUUAAUAAGUUUUAAUCCAACUUAAAAUUGUGUAUAAAGGAAGAAAUUUUCUAAAGUGUACAUAAAAAGAAGCAUUUAUGUGAAAAUAAUAUACGACGAGAUUAAGUGACAUUGUGUAAGUUGCUAUAUUUUUCUUUGAAACUGAUGAGUAUUGCAUAACUAUGUUCAUGCAAUAGUGUGUAGGUAAAGUUUAUAAUUUUUAGUGAAACUUAUCAUUAUCUUUAUAAGAAUAUUUAAAAUUGAUACAUCGGGAAUAUGUUUUGGGUAUUGAAAAUUCGACGUAAUGUCUCAUCACAUAAAAUAUUAUUAGAUUCAUAUAAAGUUAAAUAGGGACCACGUACAAUUAUAAACGUUAAUAAUUUAUUUAACAUUUUUAUAUUACAAUCAUCAACUUGAAACUUCUUUGUUGCGUUGCAUACAGUUUUUUCUUUUUCACUAAUUAUAAUUGCAUAAAGAAUUUUAGGAAUUGAAUGAAAAUGAAUCUGUGUAAUGCUUGGGGGCAUCGACAUUGCGUCAAGUAUUCAUUGUAUCGCAACUGAUUUACUCUAAAACAAUACCCAUGACCUCAAGUGACACAAAGUCCCAUUAUGGGGCAUUUUAAACUAAAAAGGCAUGUGAGAGAAGCGGCAAGAAUUAUUCGAUGCUUGCCGCAAACGUGUAUUAUGAAAUACCCAGAAACAUGAUUUAUCGGCGUCAAAUUUACAUUAGAAUGUUAUAUAUCUAUAAUAAACUUUGGAUUUUUAUUUCCUAAAGUGUUCCAUCUUUGCUCAAAAAAACACAAAGGUAAAAAGUUUUUGAAUUAGUCAAAGAAUUUUCACAGAUUUUUUUCGAGGACAAAUUAGUAGUGUUCUUAAAAGUACGUCACGUAUUAACGAUUAAUUUUAACCACAAUUUUGUAUUUUUAUUAAUUUUCAAACCUUAAGAAUCUAAAACAACAAAGAUCGAAAUACUUCUGGAAAUAUUAUCCAGUCAAAUAUAUAUAUGUUCUUUUCAAUAAGCUGUUAAAUUGUUACGUAAAAAUUGGUGAUACAUAGAAUAUUCAAGUUGACAAAAUAUUACUUUUUUGAAAAACAGUAGCAACUGGCUUAAUUUGUAAAUUAACUAUACAUAAAAGAUAAAAAAUUCUUAUUUUAGUUAGGAAGAGAUAGUUCAACAUGUUAUUAGUGAAUAUAUUUUACAACGGUGAUAUUUAAAUAAAUAACGCAAAUUAGAAAGUCAAAAAAAUUUCACAGAUGAUCAAUUUGCUAAUUUUUGAAUAAUCUUCCAACCAAAUAAAAUCGUCAUAAAAUAAAGAAUUUUAAGGAUAAAAUAGUUAGCUAAAUGCAUAACGUGCCUUUAUUGAAAAAGAAUCGUCAAGUCAAUUGUAUUACUGCAUUAAUAGAUUACAAACAAUUGUUUAGUUAUAAUGAAACAAUCAAGUGCCAUGCCGUUCAUUAUUUUUAACUAUCAUAAUCUUAUAACAAUUAAGUGUAAUAUUUUUUAUUUUUUGUUAAUGUUAUCACAUUUAAGAAUUAAUUUAUAUGAUUAUAUUAAACUACCAAAUCGAAUAUGAAAGCACAAAAUGUAGGUAAAUAAAUUAUAUAGUUAAUGAAAUCGUUAUUCUUCUACGUACGAAAAAAUUAAUAUUAUAUAAAUAUUUUGGCGAUUUUUCUUUGAAAUCGGCUCAACAUUCAAUAAAAUCAUGUGCAUUUUUUAAGGAAACAAAUCUUUUCAAAUGUAAUCCCAUUUUUAUAUUAUGUAUCCUGUUUGAAGAAUUACCCUUUUUGCGGAGUGAAAAAAAGUGAAAUCUUACCAUAAUGAAUAAACUCUUGAACUAA